AGAGUGUGUAAACACUAAACACCAAAACCAUUGCAUAACAUAUUGUGAGCGUAAAUGUGUGUCGAGUUUACCACACAUUCAAUACACAAACCAUUCAUUCAUUCAUACGAUUCGGUCAUUCAUUUGUGAGACAAACAUCUCAUUAAUCGUCGCUUUCAAUGGUUUGUGAUUUACAUGUGAUUUAAUAGUCGCCAAAACAAUGACCACAAACUCCAUAAGACUUCCCCGAAAACUACCCGUCCUUAUCAUCGAUGGCGUCCUCUUCCCCGGGUCGAGCAUAAGGAUCCCGGUCACCUCAUACCGCAAUAUGUCAAUGGUUAGGAGUCAUCUGCUCAACAGAUCCACCCUUUCCAGCGCCAUCAUUGGUGUCGUCCCCAAAGAGAUCGCGACCAACGCUUCCAAUACAUCCACACCCGAUGACGACAACAAAUAUGAUGACAACGGUAUGCAUUCAAUUGGUUGCGCGGGUAUUGUGGUUCAGGUGACGGGAACUAAUUGGCCGCGACCUUCAUAUACCCUUCUGGUGACGGGAUUGUGUCGAUUCAAACUCGAGACUAUAGUUAAUGAAUCGCCGUAUUUGGUUGGUUUGGUUCAACAGUUGGAUAAACUGCCCGUCGAUGACAUCGAAAUAAGUGAAGAAAACGUUGAACUCUCGGACCUAAAGGAACAGUUUAGAGAACAGGCGUCACGACUGAUAGAUAUGUUGGAUCUGUCGGUGCCGGCCGUCGGACGACUUAAACGUAUGUUGAAUUCCCUUCCCGUCCAAAGUCUUCCGGAUGUCUGCGCGGCUAUAGUGAGGGCCUCUCACGCCGAGAGACUACAGAUUCUCGAUUCGGUUGAUUUGGCCGAAAGGUUCCGCAAAACACUUCCACUACUUAUCCGACAAAUUGAAGGUUUACAAUUGCUUCAAAAGGCCAAAAAAGACGGUACUUUUGCCACACAAACGCUUCAAAUGGACAAAUUGGCAGACAUUGGACGCCAUAAUCGCAUCGAUAUUGACGACGAAGAUAGCGAUGAUUCGGAUGACAUCGCGUCCAUUGAGCGCAGAAUACGAUCGGCAGAAAUGUCUGAAUUGGCGCGAAAAGUGUCUCUCAAAGAGUUGUCGCGACUGAAGAAAAUGCCGACACAUAUUCCCGAUCACGCGAUUGUCCGCAACUAUUUGGAACUGAUGACAGACUUGCCGUGGAGUAAGACAUCGCCUGAAAUGUUAGAUCUGAAGAAAUCGCGACAAGAUUUGGACGCCGAUCACUACGGGUUGGAGAAAUUAAAGCAACGAGUUUUGGAAUAUUUAGCGGUUCGACAGCUGAAGAACUCACUUAAGGGACCCAUUCUUUGCUUUGUGGGACCGCCGGGUACUCAACAAUUGAUUUGUGUGGGCAAAACAAGUGUCGGCCGCUCUAUAGCCAAGUCUUUGGGCCGAGAAUUUCAUCGAAUAUCUCUGGGAGGAGCGUGUGAUCAGGCGGGUAGGGAUGCCAUCACUGCUUAUUAUCUCAUAUAANACACCGGACGCCGACUGCAGG